CCUGGGUUGAGUGAGAGCCUUUGCACCGCGCUCAAGUUGUGGUAUCAAACGAGAUAGCAUCACGUUACUCUCACCGUUGAACGUUGGCGGGCCCAGAACUCCCCCAGGAGUCUUCAAAGAUGCCAUGGCCGUUCAGCUCUUCCAGCCCAGGAGGAUCGCCUACACCCACCAGAACAGAAGAUGGCUCUCGGUCUAAGUCUACAUCAUGGAACGACCUCCUUCCAAAGCCUGAUCCUCCCCUACAGGCCGCGAAAGAGUGGGCUCCAGUGUUCCUGACGUCGGUCGCAUCACUGGCAGCCUUUAUCUUCUACCAGUCUCGCUUGCGGAGGUUUCCCACCGCAGGUUAUAUCCAGCCCAACUUGUUCAGGAAGCGGACUUUGCUAGGCCGGGUCACUAGUGUGGGAGAUGGUGAUAACUUCCACCUUUACCAUACACCGGGAGGGAGACUAGCAGGCUGGGACUGGCUAAGGAAGGUUCCCACCACGAAAGCUUCACUGAAGGGGAAGACUAUACCAAUACGUAUGGCCGGGAUUGACGCCCCUGAAGGUGCCCAUUUCGGCCGGCCGGGCCAGCCAGGGGCCGGGGAAGCUUUGCAAUGGCUCAGGAACUACAUCCUCAACAAACGCGUAUGGGUUCGCCUCCACAGGCGUGAUCAGUACGACCGUGUCGUUGCGACGGUGCACGUCAGACGGUUUCUCUACAAGAAAGACGUCGGCCUGGAAAUGUUGAAGCUUGGCUUGGCAACGACCUAUGAAGCGAAGUCGGGGGUCGAGUGGGGAGGGGCCGAAGAAGCGUACAGGGCAGCAGAGGCCAAAGCCAAGAUGAAGAAGUUGGGGAUUUGGAACGGGAAAGCGAGCCACUUUGAAAGCCCUAGGGCCUACAAGACAAGAACCAAUGAGGCAGAAGGCAAAAAGUCUAGUUGGCUCUCUGGCUGGCUAUGAAAAUGUCCAACGAGCCGCACUUUUGCCAAUCAGACAGUAGCUGAUCAUGGGAAAACAGACCCUUAAGUCAAAGCUAUUUGCACCGGUGGAGAAGAGACCAUGAGAUGUCACUGAGGACUGAUAAUAAUUGAAACUUCAAGGAUGGGGUCAAUGAGAUCAUUAGGGCGGUAUCAAUAAUUGC